AUCGCCUGCCGCUUUCCCUCAUUCACCGCGACCCGCGACCGCCGUUGUUUCUUUCUCCGGCGACUUCCAAAUCCUGCGCCUUGCUUGCAGCUCAUCCUGCUGCAGCAUCACCAAACCCACUCGACACCCUUCUUCAUCACACAGCUCUCGUCCCCAGCAACCAUGGCCGCCGAGCUGCGCAGAAAGCUGGUCAUCGUCGGCGACGGUGCCUGCGGCAAGACCUGCUUGUUGAUUGUUUUCUCUAAGGGUACCUUCCCAGAGGUUUACGUCCCCACUGUGUUCGAAAACUACGUUGCCGAUGUCGAGGUCGAUGGAAAGCACGUUGAGCUGGCGCUAUGGGAUACGGCUGGCCAGGAAGACUACGACCGUCUGCGGCCCCUGUCAUACCCCGACUCCCACGUCAUCCUAAUCUGCUUUGCCGUCGACUCGCCCGACUCCCUGGAUAACGUUGGCGAGAAGUGGUGCUCUGAGGUACAUCACUUCUGCCCCGAUGUCCCCAAGAUCCUGGUUGGCUGCAAGAAGGACCUGCGUUUCGACCAGAAGACGAUCGAGGAGCUCCGCAAGACCAGCCAGCAACCCGUGACCCCUGAGCAGGGCACAACGGUUGCCAACAACAUCAAGGCUACCAAGUACCUCGAGUGCUCGGCCAAGACCAACGAGGGUGUCCGUGAGGUGUUCGAAUUCGCGACACGGGCGGCUCUCCUCAAGAAGGCCGGGAAAAAGAAGAGCAAGUGCGUCAUCGCCUAAGCGUAGGGCGAUUACGAAUAGCCACCUUCACGGCUGUCAACCACUGUUGGCCGACCUCGACCAUCUUGGCAACAGAACGCC